CCCCAUCGACUAAUCCGACGACACCGGCCUUUCAGAAAGAAAUCUACGAUCACUGCACGGUUCAUAAGCAAGGCAACCCGGGUUGACCGUCAUUAGUAUUCCGAACCGGUUUCGCCAACGAGAGGACAUGGAAACCAGCUCCGACGCACCCAGAAUCUGGCUACUUUGAUCAUCCGCAAUUGCGCCGCAACCACCACUCCGCGUGCGUAUGUGCUACAGAGGCGUUCAACGGUAACGUAAGCCAGCCAGUCGCCAAAAUUCGGGACAUCCAGUCAAAGCCUUUAUUUCCCAACUUCGUCUCCGACGUCCUGUCGGUCAACUGCAUCUACGAAUUGCAGUCGCAUGCUCCUGCAGCGACACUUGGAAUAGAAAACGGAACUGUCAGUCUUGUCGCCGAGUGUCAACUGUGCAGUGGUUGCCAGCAAUCAUCGCUGCCUUGGGUGUCCGGACCAAGUCUUUCCCAAACAGAACCUGGAGCGAGCAGUAACUCCAGCCUGGCCUUUCCUUGAACAUUCAAUUCAACCUCUGCGAAACGGCGCCUAGUGAACGAAAACAUCCACCGUCGAAUUGGGCUCUCUGCGAGUCGCAUCGAAAGACCUCCCGAGACAGUCCCCGUCCGUUAUAAUGGCUAAGACCUUACAACGAUGAUUGCCUGUGUCAACUUUCCCCGCGGACCGUCUUGAUUCUUCCAGCUUCUCGAUUUAUACCAAGGCCAACGCCGACUGUCCAUCUCCUUACAGUUGUCUAGUGUUACCUAUUUUCCAACAGGUCUUAAGCGACCUCGACUCCUGAAACCAUAUUGGCACGGUUUGCGUUGCGGACUACUUCCUCUACUUGAAAUCUUGAAGGUGCAGCUCGAAGUUAGCAUGACAUCAGCUCCUGUGUUACAGACGAUGUCCGGGAUCAAGAAACUUUCAUUUGCUAGUGUUGUGGCUUCUCCGAAGGAAGCCGAAACGAAUGGGGCCCGACAGGUUAUGCCUUCGCACGGGAAACCUUCAGUUGAGCCCAAGAUGGCAAUUUCUACCACAAACCCCUCCAGGCUGCCUAUGAACAAUAGUCUUGGUAGUGUGAUGGGUGAUGGAUAUGAAAUACAGUCACCACCCGUGGAGAAAGACGCUGUGGAUGACAAGGUUGUUCAAGGUCUGACAAACUUGAAGCUGGGAGUAAAGCCACCGAGUCUUGUUGUUAAUGGUUCUGGCUCAACAUCAACAGAGCAAUCGAGCGCGGUUGGUAACAGCCAGACGCCUUCGGACGUGGUCUCUCAGAAGGCAGACUCUAACUCAGAAUUUGGCACCAAACCGCCAAGCUUGGACGGAAAGAGCAUCACAUCUGGUACGACAUUCAACGUGCUUGACGAGAAGGAAUCUCUGAGACCCGACGACAGUGCUAGCGUAAAAGCUGCAGCCGACGAAGACGAUGCAUUUUCAAUCCGUGGUUCACAGAUUGCCAAUUCACGCAUGGGAUCCGACGUUGCCGGUCGUUUACGAACCAUUCAAAUAGGCGAUAUGCCCCCAAGGGCCAUCGCGCCGCACUCUGCGUCCGCGGUACAGCCUCGAGGCGUGGCCAGUACUCCUGACGGCGGCGCAUGCGAACUGCCAUCUGCAGCCAGUGGAGUCAAUUCGCUGGCAACCACCCAGGCUAACCAGGAGUCCUUUAACGGUUUUUAUAGCCAAAACCCGGACGAGAAGCUUUUGGAGGCAAUGAAGUCCUCAAAAGACCGCAUCUUUCUCUUGCGUUUGGAGAAGGAGGUGAUAGAGUUUGUCCAGGAUUCAAAGGAGCCGUUCAUGGAUCUGCCGCCGUGCAAUUCGUUUUGUCGGUUGCUAACCCACAAGCUUGCGGACUAUUAUCAUAUGACGCAUUCUUUUGAAGCAGUUGCAGGGGCAGUGCGCAUUUACCGAACACCGUUUUGUCGUGUCCCCCCUUCGCUACAGAGCAUCGCUGCCGCAAAUGAGUCGGCCAGCAGCACUCCUCCUCCUGCUAUGUUGCCGCGGAAGAUCAUGCGCCGUGGUGAGGAGGGUGAUUCGGCCCCCGCAAGCGCUGGGCCAUCGAAACCAACGUCGGAAGAUGGAAGCGAUUCCAAGGAUAAGAACGCCAACACAAAUCAGAAGCUUACCCGUGAGGAACGCGAAGAAGCCUACAACAAGGCAAGGCUCAGGAUCUUCGGUACCACGGCAGAGACGGAGACAUCUAGCCCUGAUAAUGAGGACAGUACUGGAGUAUCCAGGGCAAGCUCGGUAUCCGCGAGGGAUAAGUCUGCACUGGGUAAAAGGGGAAAGACUGCAAAGCAAAGGCGAGACGACUCAGAGAGCUUUGAUUCGCGUUCGCUGUAUACUCCUUACUAUACUCACCCCCACCAACCUCACAUGUGGGCUCCAGUUCACGUGCCUGUAGGGGGCAACGGUGCGCCAUAUACACCACAGCAGCAGCCUCCUCAGCCGUCCUACGCUCCCAUGUAUGUGUCAUCUGGCCAGCCCUACACAACGCCGAUGACCCCAGGCGGCUACGGUCCACCUUAUGCACAUCCACCAGCGAACUCGAGCGCUCAGCUGAACGCCGGAAGAUACCCGGCGCAAGCUCAAGCCCAGCCUGGUAAUUCCUACUCCAACUUAGCACAGGGCAUGUCUCCUCAGCCUUGGCCUCAUCAACAAUUCAACGGCCAACAGCCUCAGGCUCCCUAUCUAGGUCGACCCUUGCCGUCGGGGCCUACUUCGAUGCCCGCAUCAGUUGCCACGCCGGCUCCUGUGCCGGGGCCUGCCCCAAAUCCGAGCAUCCCGUAUCCAUACGGCCAGUUGCCAUGCCAUACCAACCCACAUGACCCGAAGAGUCAGCACCCAAUACCCGGGAGUUACAACAGGCACGGGUUCAACCCCAAGACCCAAUCCUUCAUUCCAGGGACGGGACCGGCACCGAUGUCCAUGCCACAUGGCCCCGUAGUGCCUGCUCCCAGUGGACCGUUUGCGGGUCCUAACUCGGCGCCUCAGGCGGGCAGUCCCAUGAUGAGCGCACCCUCACCCAUGCAUUAUGGUCAACAGUCCACAGGCGCCCAUCCAACUCAAUAUGUUGGGAUGGCUAAUGGAUUUACCAUGAUGAGGCAAGGCUCGAACAACUCCAUGUCUCAGCACUACCCGGUAAUGCCGCAAAUGCAGCCGCCAACUAUGACCCAACAACUGCCCCAACAGCCAAUAUAUCCACUCCAGCAUCAGCCUCCUGGACUUCACCUCCCGCAUCCUCCCCAACAAGUUCACAAUGUUUCACAGCGUAUGCCAAACAAGCACCCAAUGGGCCAGAGCCACUCCGUUGGGCCCACCACCACGUUCAGUCAUCUGCCCACGUAUGGUAAUCCAUCCACGCUGCCGCAGAAGCCAUCAACCUAGUAGGAUAGGAACAGCGUGGUGGAAUUUCUCCUCGAGCGGAGAAGCUUGGAUCAGACAUGGAGCGUAUUUUGAUGAAAACCAAAAGAAUAAUGUUUCGUGGCGCACAUGGCGGGCAUUGCUAUUUGCAGUUAAAUUACGGGAGCAUGACGGAGUUUAAAUAGGGAUCUACAGGUUGGCUAGCGGGCGAUGAAUACGGGCCAGGAGAGCUGGUCUGGUUGGACUGCGUGCAUCUCAAAAGGAGAGAUCAUGUUUUAAAAAGCCAACAAGAAAAUAAAAGACAAUUACUCUAGACCGGUUGUUCCGGGACAAAUAUGACAA